AUGUCUUCACUCGACGGGUCGGUGAAGUCGAAAGGGUCGCAUACAACCCCGAUUUUUGCCGGCGUUCACGUCCCCACUCUUUCGCGCGCUCAGAAGGCUAGAUACCGGCCAGUGGCUGAAGACGAGCUCGAAUCUGACGCCGAGUUCUCUCAUGACGGACUGGAGCGCAUCGUAGCGGGUUUUCGAGAUGGCGCAGAGUCAUUCUACUAUGUUCGCUAUGAUGACGGAGUGAUCUAUAAGGUGCCCGCCCGCCCCCUCGAAUCUCGUCACCUGGGCUUGGUACAGGACUACGAGGAGUCGAAGGCUCUUGGGACGUUACCACCUUUCGAUCCCACCUCUUCAGAAGUGCAUCCCGGCGUUCGGAAAGCCGUACUGACGCUAAAACUCCCUGGUCGCGGGAAAAGGCCCAAGGCCCGCUCGCGUACGGUCGAGGAGUACAGUUCAGAUGAGCUAGCGCAGGAUCUUGACUCUGCGGAAGAUUCCGACUUAGCUCUUGCACCUGCGAAACGUCGGAGCACACGCGCCGCCGCUGCCAAUGCUAACCAGAAGCUUGGCAGCGACUUACCGUUCAGUCCUAAGAAGACGCGUUCAAGCGCGAUCGUCAUCCAUGACUCCGACAGCGACAGCGAUGUCCGAGAGGUCGCUCGGGCUACUCGCAAGUCCACACGCAAUCGAACGAGCAGGCGAGCUAAUUUGGACGAUGAAGAUUUCGAGGAUACAGCCUUCAUCGACGACGCAUCAGACAUUGCCUCAACUUCGCGAAGCAAAGUUGUGAAGAAGAAGAAGAUUGUUCGCGGCAAGGCGUCGCGGGCAGCCUAUGGCCAUUUCCGUGUUGUUGCGGACCUCCAGUAUGACGAAGAGGAGGACGAGGAACUUGCCCCUCUCAUCGCGCACAGAGGGAUAUGCGAGAAAUGCCACACCACUCCCGCGCACGAGCAACUAACGAAGGCGGCGAAGAAGGGUAAGCGGAGGCGGAAGAAUGAAGACGACGAGUCGGAAGACGAGGAAACGAGACUCAACGCUCUCGGCGGAUGGGUGCGAUGCCUCAAGUGUCCUGUUGCCGCGCAUUGGGGCUGUCUUGCGAAGACUCAACGGGAUGAAAUUCUCCGAGCCGCCCAGGAGCGGGAUAAGGCCAGUUGGCGUGCCACGGAUCCCAGCUUGCCUGAACCCCGAAGGCGACCAGGACUCGACACCUAUCAAACUACCGAGUUUAUCUGCGGGUCAUGCAUGAAAGGUGGCGUAUGUAUGGGCUGCAAAGAGGUCGCGCUCAAGCCGGACGAGUUCGCCCAUCAUGCUACAACCACGGCUCCGCAAGAUCAAGAUACCCAAUCCGCUCCUCAUAGUGCCCCCGGUACGAAUGGAACUGUUCCGUCUCCUUCUCUUGCACCCGCGCCAGAACAGAAGGAGGAUGACGAUGACGACGACAGCCCUCACGAGUUGCUCUUCCGAUGCUUUACCUGCAAACGUCUCUCGCAUUACGCACAUCUGCCGGUUCCUGACGACUUUGAUCCUGACGAUAUCUCUCCUGCCGACCUUGCCCGCUACUAUCAGCACCAGACAGGCUGGAAGUGCGGGGAUUGCAUCUCUUACGUGUAUAUCGUCGAACACAUCCUUGCGUGGCGACCCUACCCAGAGAACGCUGUAGAGCCUCCUCGCCCCGCUGAUGAGCCCGUCAACUACAAGGCCAUGCUCCCUCGAGAAUACCUCGUGAAGUGGGUCGACCGCAGUUACCGGCGGGUCGAGUGGGUUCCGCACGGAUGGCUUCUGGCCGUGACGCAAACGAAGUUGAAAAACUUCCUCCAAGCUGGCUCCAAGAUUCCUCUACUCCCCGACCCCGCGUCCGAGCCCGAGCAGAACGGUGACGCUGGACCUGCGGACUUCGAAAUUGCAGGUGAAGACGGCGAAGACGCCACACCUGCCUUGAAAGACGGAGGACACACCUCGCCUCUCUUCGCCAACCCGGACGCCGAACGCAAGAUUCCUCCGCUGUGGAAGACUGUAGACCGUGUGCUAGACAUUCGUCUCUGGCGCCCACGCAAACCUACCAAGGUCAGGGGUAAGAAGGCCAGGGUAGAGAGUGACGAGGAACAUAGCGAAGACGACCCAGAGAUGGCGAGAGCUCGAGAACUCGCGUAUCAGCGUGGCGAGGAGCCCCCCUCAGAUACGAUGGUCACAGUCGAGGAGUUCGAGAAACUCACUAAGGAACGAUUGAGCGAGAAACACGCCGACAAGGUCGCAUGGGCGUUCCUCAAGUGGGACGACCUUGGCUACGAUGACGCGUCCUGGGACUCGCCUCCUCGCUUAUCCGAGACAGGUCAUGCCGCCUACCUGAACGCCUUCAAGCGAUUCAUCUUCGCCCAGUCCGUCACUGUGCCUUUGCGGGACAAGAAACAAGGAGUCAUGAAAGCCGGCCCGCAAUGGCUCAAGAAGAAGGCGUUUACAACAGAAGCGCAGCCUGAGCUUGGUCAAGCUUCCCAGUUCAAACUCAUGCCUUUCCAAGUCGACGGCGUCAACUGGCUCUGUCACAACUGGAACAUCUCUCAGAAUUGUAUCCUUGCAGACGAGAUGGGUCUCGGCAAGACCGUUCAGAUCGUGACCUUCAUUGGGUAUCUUGCGACAGCCUUCAAGUGCUUCCCAGCGUUGGUAGUCGUCCCGAACUCGACGAUCACGAACUGGGUUCGUGAGUUUGAGCGCUGGGCGCCAAAACUCCGCGUCGUCCCUUUCUAUGGCGAGGCCAAGUCUCGAGACAUCAUCAAGAAGUAUGAACUCUUUCACAACAACCCUGCUAGCGGGACGACAGGCGCGAAAUAUCAUGUUCUAGUCACCACAUACGAGACCGUCACCAACGCGAAGGAGUUCACACCUGUCUUCAAGAGUGUGCCGCGAUGGGAGGCACUUGUCGUAGACGAAGGACAGAGGCUCAAGAGCGACGCGAGUCUGAUCUUCAAGCGUCUCAAGGAGUUGAACAGCUUCCACCGCAUCAUUAUGACCGGCACUCCACUGAACAACAACAUCCGAGAACUAUUCAACCUCAUGAACUUCUUGGAUCCCGAGGAGUGGCGGGAUCUGGAGGCGCUCUCGAGGCAGUACGAGGAGCUUACCGAUGACCUCGUCAAGGAGUUGCACGUCCGACUGAAGCCAUAUUUCCUGCGUCGCAUUAAGUCAGAAGUCCUGCAGCUGCCGCCCAAGAACGAGGUUAUCGUUCCUGUCACCAUGGCUUCUCUCCAGAAGGAGGUCUAUCGGUCAAUCCUCAGUCAAAACCUGGACAUCCUGAAUAGUUUGUCCGGUAACAAUGGUGCAUCGAAGAACAGCAACGCAACGACAAAAUCGAACAUGAACAACAUGCUUAUGCAGCUGCGCAAGUGCAUCCAGCAUCCGUACCUCGUGUCCGAGACCAUCGAGCCGCGAGGAUUGCCACCCCAAGAGACUCAUGACAGGCUGGUUGGGGCGAGUGCAAAACUUCGUCUGUUGAAGUUGUUGUUGCCGAAACUACGCACGCGGGGACAUCGUGUUCUCUUGUUCAGUCAGUUCGUCAUCGCCUUGGACAUCAUUGAGGACUUCUUGAUCGGCGAGGGUGUCAAGUAUCUCCGUCUAGACGGUAACACGAAGCAAGCUGAUCGUCAGAAAGGCAUGGACGAGUUCAACAAGGCAGACUCAGACAUUUUCAUCUACCUUCUGACGACGCGCGCCGGUGGCGUCGGUAUCAACCUCUGGAGCGCAGACACAGUCAUCAUAUUCGACCCCGACUUCAACCCUCAUCAGGACCUUCAAGCUAUCGCCCGUGCACAUCGAUAUGGUCAGAAGAAGACAGUACUUGUAUUCAAGCUCAUGGUUAAGGAUUCCGCCGAGGAACGUAUUAUGCAGACGGGCAAGAAGAAGCUCGUGCUCGACCAUCUCAUUGUGCAGAAGAUGGACGACGAGAGUGGCUCGAAGGAAGACGUGCAGUCGAUCCUCAUGUUCGGAGCUAAAGCGCUUUUCGAGGAGACCGAGGAGAGCGCCGCGCGGGAGAUACAUUAUUCGGAACAUGACAUCGACAACCUCAUCGACAAGACCGAGAAGGAAGGUGACGAAGUCGAGCCAGAGUCGGGUGCUGGAUCGCUUUUCGCGUUCGCGAAGGUUUGGUCGGCGGAGAAGGACGGCCUGGAAGACCUAGCAGAUGAUGUGGCAGAGAACUCCGAAGAAGCGGACUCGUGGGCGAAGGCGCUCCAGCUUAUUGCCACAGAGCGUGCUAAGGAACGCGAGAAGGAGGUUACUGGGCGUGGCGUGCGGCGCAAAGCGGCUGCGGUGUUUCCUCAGCAAAGUUUGGAUCUCGGCGAUACCCCGACGAAGGAGCAGGGCAAGUCGCGAAAGCGGAAAAAAUCCAGAGACAAGUCGGCAGGGUCAGACGACUCCGAAUUUCGUGCUGCAGUAUCGGAUGCCGCUACCGAGUCGGAUGCGAGCGCUGUGCGUAUGGACGUGGACAUGGACGACAUCAUCAUGCUACAACGUCGCGGGUCCAGCCCUCCGGUGCCUCUCGCCUCCAAGCACGAUUCCAAGCACAAGGGGGCGUCACGCCAUAAGCAUUCCGAUCUGACAUCCCGAGCGCUGUCCCCCAUACAUAAUCGACCGAAGGCUUCCGGACGGCCGCAGGGCGAACUCUGUGGUCUAUGCGGGAAGAUCCAUCCUCCCGGCCAGUGCUCGAUGACGGACAGUCCGGAGAAUCUGGCGCAGUACAGGCUCAUGCUCAUGCAGCAUGCGGGAGAUGAGACGAUCGAGGAGCGGCGUGCUGCUAUCCGGGUGAUCGAUGAGACCCUUCAUCGGCUCGGAAAGAUCAGUCUCAUCUACGGUCAGCCGCUGCAUCUCGUCGAGGCACCUCCUCAGCCCUCUGCGGUACCCCUGCAGAAAGCGACUCGGGUCGAUACCCCGAGUGCGCGCCCUGCAGCUCAGGCUACACCCAACGGCAUACGGCCCACCGCAGGGCCCUCGAAGAAUGGUGUCUCGCAGCCCAGUACAUCCAAACCACAGCCGUCUAUUGCCGCAGUCCAGAUACCCCCGCCACCGAUUCCCCGCAUAUCCAAACCCUCGAACGCGGUCGCGGGUUCUUCCAAACGCCCGCCCUCCCCUGUGCCCACCAACGAUGUUCCUAAAGCCAAAAAGGUAAAGGAGAUGGUGGGACAGCCACCAUGUGUAGUCUGCGGACGCGUGCCCCAUCACCUGCUCAAAGACUGCCCGGUAGUUGCAAAGGGCCCCUCUCAGAUCUCGGAAGCUAUCCAGCGGCUCUCGCGGGAGCCUAACCUGGGUCCUGUGGUGGAUGUUCUGCAAAAGCUCAUGGCCAAACAGCAGAGACGGGCGGCCAGGGCGGCCGCCAAACAAGUCAUAGACCUCGGUGACUCUUAG